UGCCGAAAAGGAAGGACCUCUCGCAUGUAAAAAAUUUGUCCUUUACUGAGGCAAGACGAUGACACCUUUGAAGAUUGGCAAGGCUUGACACAAUUUGGCAGAAAAAAAAAAAAGUCACAGGGCACUUAUGUCUCAUCGAACUGAUGACAGAUUGUUUUGCAAAAUAAACAAUUUGACCUGUGCGCUCCGGACAUGAGCAAUGGUACCCCUUGUGACAAUACAUCAAGCCAAGCCAAGAGGCUAGACGUCACAUCAAAAUUUUUUGCAGCUCCUUGUAUUGUGAGACAGCCGAACCAUAGCAUUUGUUGAUGCUCAAUUCAACGCGUCCAACAUGAUGAGCAGAACAUUUGCCACAAUUUUCGUGUUGGUAAGUUCGUAUGUAACGAUGUGCACUGCAUAUGAAGACGACAAAGAACCGAUUUGGGAUUUUGACGACAUCCUGUCCCAAAGAUCUCAAGCUGAAAAGCAGCAAGAUAGAGAUGAGUCAUCAGAAAUUUUGAAAUUCGCCAUGCCCGGCGUCCAUCCGACAAAGGAAGACACGUACCUCUGUACUGCUGUGGAUCUACAUAGAAAGGAAGAAUAUAUUGUUGCAAUUAAACCCCUUGUUGACAUGCACACAGCCCACCAUUUGAUGAUAUUUGGAUGCCCAGAGCCAGCAAAUUAUGCUUUUGCUAAUGAUGGAAAAUAUUGGACAUGUGGAGAAAGUGGACCCAAUAAAUGCAGCCAUGGUUCUACUGCAAAAAUAUUGUAUGCUUGGGGAAGAAAUGCUCCAGAGUUGGACUUACCACCUGGUACUGCACGCCAAUAUUCACCUAUAUCGUAUGCCCUUUUCUCUGAUCCUACUCUUAAAGAUUACGCUGGGGCAGAAUUGCACAUGAUGUCAGUACGACCCAGUCAACUGGCUGCUGUAUUUCUCUUACAACCAUUUGGAGACAUUCCACCAAAGAAGAAAGCUUGGCAUUUUGACAUUGGAUGUCAAUAUCAUGAUGGACCAGUCUUACAUCCUUUUGACUUUAGAUUCUGCUUCUCACUUUUGCUUCACAGACCCAGUCAACUGGCUGCUGUAUUUCUCUUACAACCAUUUGGAGACAUUCCACCAAAGAAGAAAGCUUGGCAUUUUGACAUUGGAUGUCAAUAUCAUGAUGGACCAGUCUUACAUCCUUUUGACUUUAGAGUCCACACUCAUGGAAUUGGGACGGUAGUGACUGGCUACAGAAUACGUGAUGGGAAAUGGACUCUAAUAGGUAAAAUGGAUCCACAGCGACCACAGGCAUUCUACCCAGUAGAUAAUCUAGUGGAUAUAAAAAGUGGAGACACUAUAGCUGCCCGUUGCACUUUCAAUUCAAUGCAGAGAAACAGAGUAACACACUCAGGAUUAACCCAUGAAGAUGAAAUGUGCAAUUUUUACAUGAUGUACUGGUAUGAUCCAAAACAAGGAAAGGCAGCCAGCAAUCCCAGAGACUU